AUGUAUAUAAACCCUUCCGAGUAUGGCCAGGUGUUUUCAGAAAUCAAACGAACCUCCCUGUCCCAUUCAACGUGCAAACUCAUCUUGUUUGUUUCUUGUCUCAACAUAGACAGCAUAUGUACGGCGAAGAUACUCAGUAUAGUGCUCAAGAAGAACCUUAUUCAGUAUCAGUUGAUCCCCGUCGCUGGGUAUGCCGAUCUUAAAGGUCACUAUCAAAAGCUAGAUUCUGAAGUGACCAAUGUUGUGCUCAUUGGAUGUGGUGCAAUGAUUGACAUUGAGUCUUUUUUUGAGAUAGAUCCAAACGACUAUGUGAUCGAGAGCGAAACACUGCCGACGAUAAACUCGGAAGAUCUCGAUUUCAAGGACCAAGGGCCUUCAUUCAGCAGAAAAAUCUACGUCUUGGACGGGAAUAGGCCAUGGAAUUUGGACAACAUCUUCGGGUCUCAGAUGGUCGUCUGCUUCGACGACGGGUACAUCGAUGAAAACUUGCAGAAGGAACGUGAGAGUUUCAAGGUUCUAGUAGACGCCUCAGAUCAUGAGACAAGUGACGAGUCUAGUGGGGAGGACUCCGAUGAACACGAGGUGAUUGAAGAUGAAGAGAGCGAUGAAGGCGCGUUUCAGGAAGAUUCAGAUGGGUCUGGAGAGAGUAGAAAACGUCGUCGAGAAGAAGGAGAGAUGAAGCGGUUACGAAAGCAGCGAAGGAAAGAGCUCAGUACCAGUGAGAAUAUCAUUGAGUCUUACUACAACCAAGGAACGGCCAUUCUCACCGCCACCACUGCUUUAAUUUAUGCAUUGCUUUCUACCAUUGGUGAGACGAGCAUGGAAAAUCUCUGGCUCUCCAUCAUCGGCGCUUCUUCUCUAGAUAGACUUCACCCAGAGGUCUACGAUAAGAUUCAGCCUCUUUUUCAAGAGGAAGUACAUCGUUUGACGCCUACGAACGUUAGCACUGAGCGCACGGCUGAUUCAACUGCUUUGACAAUUGAUAAGGACUACCACUUGUUCUUAUUGCGCCAUUGGACCCUUUACGACUCCUUCUUUUACUCAUCGAUGGUGAACUCAAAACUCAAUCUCUGGACUGAUGAUGGAAGAAAAAAGCUACACAAACUCUUUGCGAAAAUGGGCAUCUCCCUUUCGGUAGCUCAACAGAAAUGGCUUUAUAUGGAUAUCACAGUGAAAAAAAACUUGCCCGUCAUCUUCAACAAGUACCUCCCUCUUUAUGGACUCGAAGGAAUUGUCAGGGAAGGCUUCAUCCGAACCUUUGGAUUUGUCGGACAGCUAUCUGCAAUGGAGUGUGUUGAUGCACUUGCGGCUUUAUUAGAGAGCGAUGAUCGUUUUGGAGGUAAUGGAAAAGAUCACAACAAAGAUGAAGAUAUCAACGAGAGAAUAGAGGAAAAAGAGAAGCUUUGGGUCAAUAACUUCUGGCUGUCGUGGGAUGCGCUCAACAUGAAUAGCCACAGCGCCUCUUCCCGUGUUGUUUCCUCAAACACUAACAGCUUGACGAAUGCCCUCAACAUCAAGAAGUUGAAGGGCUAUGACUUAUUGAUGCGUGGUCUAGAAAAAGCAAAAGAAGUUCAGCAAAUUAUCUUCCGAACAGGUAUGUCAGUCUUAGAGAGAAAGCUCAUGAAAAACUUGCGGCUUUAUCGACUCUGUGUGCUCAAUGACGGAUCUAUCCCCGAUUUAGCCAUGUUCAAUAACCCACUUAUACUUACGAAAUUGGGAAAUUGGCUUCUUGAGAAUAUAAACGAAAUUGAGUUUCUGAUGCUUGCCACAAAAGGCGAUAAAUCAUUUGCCAAUGCUCUUAAGCCUUUAGUGCUUGCAAGUUUGGAUCCUGCGUCUGAUACAUAUCUUGUGAUUGGGCUCGCUCCCAAAUAUCCCAGAGGACUCGACAACUCAGCAAGAGCUAAGAUUGCUCAAAACACAAAAGAUAAACCAUACCAGCACGACUUUACUUUCAUGACUCGCUUAAAUACCUUCAGCGUUGCUUUCCAACGUGUGGCAGCCUCAUCCGACGCCAAAGUGAGAAUCAACAGCUUUGAAUCUUCAAUUAUUGAGAUCCGUAAAGACGAUCUUCUGCCUUUCCUUGAAAAACUAACAUUGAGUGGAUUGAUUUGA